UCACCGCCACCGUACCCCAAGAUCAAGACAACCACGCAAGUUAAAGAAUUCUCCAUUCGAUCCAUCAUCUCCUGCGCCAUGGCCAUGGCUCGCUCUUCUGUCGCGCCUCUCUUCCUCCUCCUCUCCGUCCUCGUCUCCUGCGCGGCGGCCGCCCGGACCGUGGGCGACAGCGUGCAGGACGCGUGCAGCAAGUCGCAGUUCCCCAAGAUCUGCGCCGAGGGCCUGGCGGCCAAGCCGGAGAGCCAGAAGGCGACGCCGCGGAAGCUGGCCGAGCUGUUCGUGGCCAUCGCGGCCGAGAAGGGCGCGGGGAUGGGCACGUUCCUGGAGGGCAAGCUCAGAACCGAGGACACCACCCUGCUCAAAUGCUUCGACAGCUGCGGCGACGACGUCGAGGAGGCCAUGGCGCACCUCAACGGGCUCAUGCGGGAGCCCAUCGACGCCAAGUUCCUCGAGCUCAAGUCGUGGCUCUCCUCCACGCUUGGCGGCACCUCCACCUGCGAGGACGCCUGCAAGGACCUGCCCAAGAACGCCGACAAGGACGAGGUCGUCAACAACAGCCUCGAGUUCGAGAAGCUGCUGCGCGUCACGCUCGACCUCAUCACCGAGGCGUCCGGAUCCAUGUCCGCGGACAUCGCCCUGCCGCCCUCCGACGCCGCCGCGCCAGCGUACGGGGCGGCGGCGCCCUUCGGCGGCGACGCCUCGCCGGCCUCCGACGCCUCGUCGGCGGACGCCCCCGCCGCCGCAGCCGAGGGACCUGCCGCCUCUUCGAAGUCGUACGGCGGCGGCGCCAGCGGCCCGUCCGCUGCUGACUCGCCGGCGGCCGCCGCUGAUGCUCCCUCUGGGUCUGAGGCCUCCAGCGCGCCGGCGCCAUCUGGAUCCUCCUCCGCCGAUGCCGAUGCGCCAGCUGGGGACUCUUCAGGUGCGGCGGCGCCGGCGUCUGACGAGACCGCUCCCGACGACGACAGCAACGACACCAAGAAGGCAUGAUGAGCGCCACGAGGCGGGCUUCGCCGCCAGUUCAAAGACGUUCUUUCCAUCUCAAAACCUGCCGUCCUUUUCCUCCCAACAACUACUACUAUUCAAUUAAUUAAUAAUAAUAAAGCUUAUGAUUGGGCUGGUUAAGCACAACAUAAGGCCCAUUUAGAUGAAUGUGCCUACAUGGGCCUGUGUUGGAGCAAGACGGAGGCCCAUGCCAGACAGAUUCCACGCAGCUCCCUUCUUCAGGCAUGUUUGUUUUAGCUUGUGAUUGUAUCAAUUUUCGAUUGUAAGAGUCUGUUUGGCAUCCUGGAUUGUGAGAGGGUUGGAUUCCUCUUUUUUUUUUU